CAUAAAAGCUGAAAUUUUUAGGCUUUUUUGAUGUUUGGUUGCUUGAAAAUGACUUUCCAGGGUAAAAUGUUUUACAAAACACGGGAAAAAGAGGGUUUUUUUUAAGGAAAAUGUCUUACCCUUUUGAAAUCGGUAAGACAUUUUCCGAAAAUUGACUCUUCUUUUCCCCUUUCUCCUUCCCCUUCCCCUUGGGUUGCAAAUCAGUUUGGUCAAGGAGAACCGAAGCCAUUUUCAAUGUUGAAGAAGUCAUUUUCAAAGUUGGCUUAUCUUAGGCCACCAACUGAGACGAUGGCUUAAAACUCGGGUAGAAAUAAGACCAAUCGAAAACCUUGGAAGCAACAAAUCGCAGGGGCGUAAGUUGUUAAAUAAGCUGUGGGUCUUGAGGCAGAUGUGGCAUCUUUUGAACCACCGGGGAAAAAGCUCACUUUUUUCAAUGCAACUAGAGGGCUCUCAGGACUAACGCUACUUCCAGCCCUCAAGUUUAAACUAAAACACGACAUGUCUAUGAUUAUCAAUCCAUUGCACUCUGUUUUUGGGAUUUCACAUCAUUUUAGAAAACUGAAUGCUCCCCUCUUUUUCCCGAUCCUUCCGAAGUGUGGAAAACCACUGAUCUUCACCACUUGGUUUUCCUCAGAUUGGCGACAGAGUCACUUCCAAGAUGUCUAAAGCUCAAGAUCCAUUUUACAUCGUGAAAGAAGAGAUUCAAGAAUCUGUAGAUUGAUAAGUUGCAAUCAAGUUUUCAUCAAUGGGAAAGAAUUCUCCCCGACACUGAAGAACAAGUACAUCUCAUGAAAGAGCUACUUGCUAAUUGUGAGAGCAUCGAAUGGCAGAUGAGUUGAACAAAACAAUAGAUGUGCCAGCAAGAGAUCCUUCUCGGUUGGCAUUGAUAAUAGAGAACUUGAAAGUCGGAGAAGAUGGACCAUCACUGCUCGUACUCAGGCAGGAGAUGUGAAGAAAUAUGUAGUAGCUCGAAAAGAAAAUGGCAGCAGGAUGAGGAGUUGGAUGAACUUAGUUCAAGUGUUGAGAGAAUUGAAGGUUUUGGCCUUACAAUACAUGAAGAACUUCUUGCACAGGAGAAAAUAAUAGAUGACUUGGGUACUGAAAUGGACUGUACAACAAACCGACUGGAUUUUGUUCAGAAAAAAGUGGCUAUGGUUAUGAAGAAGGCAAGUGUUAAGAGCCAUAUUAUGAUGAUAUUAAUUUUGCUAGUUUUGUUCAUUAUUCUAUUCAUUCUGGUCUUCCUCACUUAGUCUUCUGAUUGUUAUACACAAGUCUGAUAUUUGGAUAUAACCAUCGGAGCUGCAGAACAUAGAGGAGUUGGUUGGUAUGAUCUCAAAGUGUUGAAUAAACGAUGAUCGAAACAUGCUGAAUGAAGAAAGCAUUUUUCUUCUGUGCAUGUGAAAUUGUUGAACUUGAUUUAGGAUUAUGUAAGACAGGGAUAUAUGUAUAUGUAUACUUCUAAUUGUAAUAUAUGUAAAAACAAUUUAAAUAA